UAAACUAAUUUCUAAUGGAGCGAAACAAUGGUGAAGUCGAUUCGCAAUGUUCCCGUUCUAAUCCAAUCAAGACGAGUAAAUUAAAUUUAAUGGAUACCAAUUCGUUAAAUAUUCCUCCGCCCAAUUUACACUCAUCCAAAGCUAUAAAUCCCAAUAAGGCCGUGUUUACCAUCGAUGCCAAUACGGGUAAAAUAUUUAUUGUCAACAAUAAGGCAUGCCAGCUCUUGGGUUAUACAUCUCACGAAUUGAGGAAUACAAAAUUUUUUGAUUUACUUCAUUGUAAGACCGAUAAUCAUAUUUCCGCUCUGGCGGAAAUGCAAAUCGAUGGCGAUGAAGGAAUUGUCGUUUUAUUGAGUGGCAAAGUGAUUGAAAUGAAAACUAAACAUAAUACCAAAAUUGUUGUCUCACUAUGGAUACGUCAGAUAGACAACGAGGGCCGUAAUAUAGCUGUCGCAGAGCCGGUACAAAGACAUAUUUGUCAAAUAAGUAUUGAUCGUUUUGGUGGCAUAACGAAUGCUGAUACGACAACGGCAACUAUAUUUCUAUAUGAUUCGCCAGAUGAUAUAAUUGGUGUUAAUAUUCAAACGUUAAUACCAUUCAUGAAAUUACCAGAUCCAGAUGUUAGGGAGAUACCAAAAUAUCUGCGUAAACAACGAGCCACAGGACGCACUACGGAUAAGGUAAAAUUCCCGCUUUGCCUACUGAUAUCUCCACAUGAGCCUUCUCUACCAUCGUAUACGAAUACGAAUAAUAGUUUCUACAAUAUAACUAUUUGGGUUUUCCAAAAUCUAAGCGGACUUAUUGUCGUCGAUGAAUUGGGUUUUAUUCAGACGUGCAAUCAACCUUUUUCUCUGCUAAUGUUUGGCUAUAGUCAGGAUAAAAUUCUCAAUAUGCAUAUUUCAUCAAUAUUGCCAAAUUUCGGCAAAGAUAUUGCAGAAGAUAAAAGUCCUAAUAUUUCGAAUACAUCGAUUGCAAGUAAUGAUUGGGAACCAGACACUGAUCCGCUUAUCAUAGAUAACAUUGAUACAUCGCUGCAAUCUAGCAAGAGGUCGUCAGGAGUCAAAUUGGAAGCCCUGAAUUCAACAUGUGACUUAAUCAAUAAUGGUUCAACUGGAACAAACUCGAACCAGGAAACGCAUCCAGAAAUGUUAUAUGGUCGAGAGUCCAGCGAUUGGGUAGUCGAUGACAUUUUAACACCUGUAAAUGCAUCAAAUCACAUUCUUUCCAAAGAAUUUGAGAAAUCCCAAUCACAUUCCAGUGACCUUGGACUGGACAAGAUGAAAUCGACGUCUUCGGAUGUAUUCGAUUCGGCGAGCAGUAAUCCUAAUACCAAACUAUUGAGCUGUGUUAAUGGAAGCUUCAUCGGUGAAGCAAUUCAUGCCGAUGGAACUGUAAUCGAUGUUGUCUACUCCGUGUCGCUUCAAAUUUUACCUUGUUCGAGUCAAGUGUAUUGCAUUUGGGUUUGUCGUGAUCCCAAUACCCGCUUCGACAAUGAUAAAUACGAAUAUACGAAUCUAACGUCAACAUUCAAUAGCAUGACUAGUACAAUUGAGCAAUCCCUGGGUCAAGUAAUAAAGACGACGGCAGCUCAGAAUUCCAGUCGACCGAAUUCUCUCUCGCUAAUGUCCAAAUGUGAGGAUGAUUUGUUCUCUGGAGAAUAUAGUAAGCAUUAUACAUCGAUCCAGCAAAUUGGAAAAGGUGCUUAUGGUUAUGUGAAUAUGGCAUUUCGAAAUACAGAUCGCCUUUUAGUUGUUACAAAGUUUAUACUUAAGGAAAAGCUGUGCUCACAGUUUAUGAUUAAGAAUCAUGAUUGCAAGGAAAUGCCCAUCGAAAUACAUUUGCUGCAGACGUUGAAACAUAAGAAUAUUGUUGCCGUAUUGGAUGUAUUUGAAAACGAAUUAUUCUAUCAAUUGGUCAUGGAGAAACAUGGCUCUGGCAUGGAUUUGUGGACAUUCAUUGAGAGGCGUCCAUUGAUGGAUGAGAAAUUGGGUAGUUACAUUUUCCGUCAAAUAGCAGAUGCUGUGUAUCAUUUGCAUAAGAACAAAAUUUUACAUCGUGAUAUAAAGGAUGAGAAUAUAAUCAUCGAUCAUAAAUUCAAUAUUAAAUUGAUUGAUUUUGGCUCUGCCACAUUUAUGGAAGAGGGUAAAUACUUUUCAACAUUCUACGGUACAACUGAAUACUGCAGUCCGGAGGUCCUUGCCGGAAAUAAGUACGCUGGUCCUGAACUUGAAAUGUGGUCACUGGGUGUUACAUUGUAUGUGCUAAUGUUUUUCGAAAAUCCCUUUAUCGAUGUUGAAGAAACCUUAAAGGCAGAAGUUCAAAUACCAAAUAUGGUCUCAGAACCAUUUAGUGUCCUGCUCUCAUCCAUGCUGCAUAAAGAUCCGAAGUUUCGUUGCACAAUGGAUCAGUUGAUAAAUCAUUCUUGGAUUACCCAAGAAGUUAACCCAUCUUUGUUUAACUUCUCUUGGAUUGUACCUUGCAAGCCUCAUGAAGCGAAUCCGGAAACAUACUUUUCCGGUCACUUAUAUUCGAGUACAUCCGUUUUGUCAACUAUUUCACCACAGGAGAGCUUUUCUCAAAUUGAAGAUUGUUCUAUUGCCGAUUGUGAUGUGGACAAGUGUGAAUUCAAUGAAUCCGAUAUUAAAUUCUCAGCAAAAAAAGUUCCAAUUAUAGAAAGUCGUUUGGACCACCUGGAUACGAAGCCAGUUCAAGUGAAUUCAUCGGUCAGUCAAAACGAAUUAAGAACAACAUUGUUAACGUCAACACCAAGGGAAAGUACAAGCAAAAUAUGCUGCUCCAGAUCGGAGAACAAUAUAUUUGAGAAAAAACUGGAGCCCAGCAUCUCAGUUUACAACGUUGUUAGUUUGCACGACAUCACUUUAAAGAAAAUCCCAAAUCUUUUUAAAGCCCAGAAUUUGACAGUUGCGAAUGGCAGCAAAGAUGCGCUAAGGGUACAGAAAAUAAAAAAUCUAUACUUAGAAAACAUAGAAACAAAUGUAGAAUGAAAUUGGAUUGCAAUGACAAUGAAGAAAUGCACUACUGAUUAUUUAACAUUCAUGAUCAUUUGAAAUGUUAGAAAUAUGAAAAUGAGAGAGCUCAUUGGCAAAGAAGUGCU